AUGAAUGAGACAGACAAGGGCAGUAAAACUUCGCAAGCUACAAGUCUGAAUAUGGACUCUUUUGACUAUCUGUCUGUUCCAGAUGGGGUAGAAGUGCCGGCAGAUGAAUCACAAAGGCGGAGCAUAUGGAAAACGGUUGAAUAUGUUAUAAGGAACGGUGCAACAUAUGAAGAGAAGUUAAAGAGCCAGGAUAUUGGAUUCACUCAACCAGGCAACAAGUACAACGACUAUUAUGCAUUCCUUUUAGAGCAUCAGAGAUCAAGACAGGAUACUCUGGUGUCUACUAAGAAUGAACUGGAUCGUAAACCGAGUGAACCCUAUCCAUUUGUCUAUAGUACUUACCGAAAUGAUAUAGGGCAAAAGGACUUGGAACUAAUAAAAGCAGCGGCUCAUUUUUGUGUUAUCAAUAAUGAUAUUAACUACCUUGAGAAACUAAGAGAAAGAUAUGCGGAAGACCCUCGAUUUGCAUUUUUACGGCUUGAUCAUUCUUUGAACUCAGUAUUAACUGAUUUUAUUAAUCAAUACGAACAGAUUUUAUCAGAGGAAUACGGGCCUAUAGUACGAUUGGAGGGGCCGUUACAAUCAACUAUUCUCCGAAGGGCAUUUCAGAAAGCAGAAUAUAUGGAAUUACAGGAUGAAUUGAAACAAAAGAUGAAGGCAGACAUAAAAACAUCUAGAAUAAGAUUCUCGGCUUAUGAAUGGGAAAAAUUUGAAUUGGUAGGAACUGUGACUAUUAGCGAAGAAGAAAACUUAGAACAGCUACCAGAAGCCUUGAAUUUCGAUAUAUUGAAAGCAACAAAGCUCACCAACGAUGUUGACAUUUUUAAAACAGAAGAUGUCAGUGCUGCAGCUCAAAAGAGAAAGAGAAAGAAUAUGAAUAUAAGAAAGGCGGGUGAAACUAGAUUGAAAAAGAAAAGCGGACUAAGCAACACCAGCGAACACAUGCUCAAAUGUCCAAUUACAGGAAGAUUGGUCCCAGAACCCGAUUUUGAUUCACACUUGAAAAUCUUGUUAAGCGAUCCUGAGUUCAAAGAAGUACGAGACAAAUAUGAAUCAAAACAUAAGUUAACUAAUUUGUCUACAUCAGAAGUGUACGAAAACAUUAAGCGGAUAGUGUCGCAAGACAACGCCAACCCUGUAAAAAGGCAGAAAAUAUAG